AUGUCGUAUGGAGGACACGAAAGCUCUCUGCAGAAGAGGGCGUGGUCUGCUAGAACGCGCUCGACGCCGACUGCAGACGGGGCGAGCACCUCUGCCUCCGCUGGUGCGCGUCAGCGGAAGCCGCUGCUGGAGCUCCUAACCACCGAUAUUUUACGCACGUACCGACGAGUAUCUUCCGUAUUCGAGUACGAUCCGAAGCUGAAUCCUCGAAGAACUUUGACGAGGCCAGACCAGCCGCGGUUUAACAACGGCUACGAUAAUGAGAAUCACGACUUCAUUCUCCGUGUGCAUGAUGCUAUUCGCUCCCCGAACGGGGACGUUUACGAAGUGCUGGACCUGCUUGGUGUGGGCACUUUUGGACAGGUAGUGAAAUGCUUAGAACUGGGCAGCAGCCGGACGGUGGCUCUCAAGGUGGUGAAAAACCAAGAGGCAUACCUGCGACAGGCCCUCAUGGAAGUCUACGUGUUGCAGAUGCUCCAUCGCACUUUUCCUGCGGAACGCGUCCGCCACGUGGUUAAGUUACUGCAGCACUUUCAGUUUCACCAUCAUCUAUGCCUCGUCUUGGAGAAGCUGGGAAUGUCCUUGUUUGAUCUUUUGAAACAGAAUCGAUUUCGAGGCUUGGGCCUCCUCAUUGUUCGUUCCGUGCUGCAGCAGUUGCUUCCGACGUUGGAUCUGCUCGCGCAAGCGGGAAUCAUCCACUGCGAUUUGAAGCCUGAGAACCUGCUCCUCUGCCGAAACGAUGGUGUGGAGGUGAAACUCAUCGACUUUGGCUCGGCGUGCCAGGAAAAUCACGUCAUAUAUUCGUACGUCCAGUCGCGUUUCUAUCGCUCACCCGAGGUGAUCCUGGGACUGCCCUACGGAACGAAGAUCGAUAUUUGGUCUCUGGGCUGUAUCGUUGGGGAACUGUUUUUGGGUUUGCCACUGUUUCCGGGCCACGACGACGAAAACAUGAUUCAGCGAAUGGUGGACAUGCUUGGUAUGCCGCCGGCGUGGAUGAUUCAAAGCGGCAAGCAGAGCCAUCGCUUCUUUCACAACGGGCAUCUUCGCGGUCUGACUUCGGACGCGCUGACAGGGCAGGGGCCUGUACCCUGGAAACAGUACUUUAAGCACCGGAAACUGGAGGAUAUCAUUGUGAAGAGCCCCAUGAAACCAAACACGGAUGAGCGCGAGGAACUGGCACAGCGGCGCGCACUGCUCAGCCUCUUGCGCGGAAUGUUGGAGUGGGAUCCUGGUCGGCGUUGGACGAGCACCGAAUGCAUGCUGCAUCCGUUUCUGAGUGGACGCGGCAUGAUGGACCAGGAGACAUGGUUGCCUCCGCGCCUUCGAUCGCCGAACAUGGGCCUUCGUUUCCACACCCGCGAUCUUGCAACCUAUGGCGAUGAGGCAGCGGAGGAUGCACGGGCACUGGCUUCAGCAUCAUCAGCAGCACAUGGUAGCUCGAAAGCGCAGCUACCUCCGGCGUACGUGCUGUCCACAAGCGCACCAGCAUUCGCUCUGCACGAGCGUGCCGGUGACGAGGCGGCUUCGCUGCCUGCUGCAGCCUCCGAUGCCACCGCCAGGGAGCAGCGCACGCGCAGACUCGCACGACCCCGCCAGGACAGCUCCAUGAUGCAAUCGCUCAGUGCGACACUGGAGCAGGCGCUGCAAACCGUCCAAGAUUGUCAGCGAAUGGAGCGCACGCCCCAGCAGUCGAACGCUCAAUGCUCCAUCGCCUCCGGUGCGAGCCGCACAUUCGUCGAGGGCAAUCCAAUGCUUGCCAGUUCGCCUGGUAUGCUGGCAGACAUUGCUGCAUGCACAUCGAGCGCGCUGUACGAUGCCGCAUGGAAUCCAUUCGCCAUUGAGGAGGCGGUAGAGCCCACGAACGCCUACAUGUUGGGUGACGCUUCAUCCAACAUGCCGCACGAUCCUGAGAUUCCCGAAGACGAUGCAGAUAUCGUGCCACCCGCUGUACCAAAGGCACCGACCACGGCUCUGGACUCAGGCGCUGUGGCUGCGGCGAGCGCACCAGAGCCGGGCGGUUUAGCGAGCAAUGUCCGAAUAUGGCCGUUUGCGGGCCAAGGACGCGGCCACUAA